CUUUUAGUUACCUACUUGACAAUUGGCGUGUAUUGCAAACGAAAUAUUUUUAUUUUUUUUUAAUACCUUUUCAAGGAAUACAAUAUAAUAAUAAUAAAUAUUAGUUUCACAUGAUUAUUAAAUAAGAGAAGGUAAUCAUCAGAAAUCAUAAUACGAAUUACACAACCAUACUAUAUACAUUAUGUACAAAGAAAUACCGAAGGCAGAUAGUAAAGUCGAACGACCUCAAAACCCAAGAUAUAAUGCAAAUAUCUUUGAAAUCAUCACAUAUAGCUGGAUGUCAAACCUAUUAAAAAUAGGACGGCAUAGGGAUUUAAAAGAAACAGAUUUGUAUACGACAUUAGACGAUCACAUAUCAUCAUCAUUAGGCGAUCAAUUAGAAAAGACAUGGAGAUCGGAGUUAAACAAUGCACGUGUAGCGAAUCGAAAACCGACAUUGUUGAGAGCUUUGAUCCGAAUGUUUGGUGCCGAAUAUAUGUUUCUAGGAAUCGUAAUUUGCAUACUAGAAAUAAUUUUCAAAAUAUCUCAACCUAUAUUACUUGGUGAACUAUUGGAAUAUUACAAUCCCGAUAAUCCCAAAUAUUCUGAUAUAAGAUAUGCAUAUAUAUGCGCGUCUGGUUUAUUAAUCAGCUUAUUUAUAACAACGGUCAUACACUAUUCAACAGAACAGGAAUUCUUGAACCAUGCGAUGAAGACGCGAGUUGCAUGUUCUUCUAUAAUUUACAGAAAAGCAUUAUUUCUAAGUACUAAAGCUCUUGAUGAAACCACUAUUGGCCAAAUGAUAAAUUUGAUAUCGAAUGACGUAAAUCAAUUUGACCGGGCCUUACCAAAAUUACAUUAUUUAUGGAUUGGACCACUGCAAACUAUAGUGGUUACAUAUUUAUUGUGGCAAGAAAUUGGCGUGUCAUCAUUAAUUGGAAUAGCUACCUUUUUUUUUUUUAUUCCGUUACAAGGUUGGAUGGGGAAAAAAAUGGCUUAUAUCCAUUUAAAGACGGCUAAGAAGACCGAUGAGAGAAUAUGUUUAAUGAAUGAAAUCAUUUUGGGAAUACAAGUGAUCAAAAUGUAUACGUGGGAAAAACCUUUUAGUAAACUAAUAGAAUAUUUGAGAAAAAUGGAAGUUAAACAAAUUAAAGGAUCGAUAUUUAUUGGAUUUAUUUCUUUAUCUUUCAAAGUAUUUCAAACAAGAUUUCAAUUAUUUGUCAGUAUCAUAUUGUAUAUCUUACUUGGAAAUCACAUAUCUGUGCGCAAAAUUUAUGUUCUUACAUCAAUAUACAAUAUAUUGCAUUACUCAAUGGCAGUACUGUUCUGUGUUGGUUUGUUACAAGUUGGUGAAUUUAUUGUAUCCAUAAAGCGCAUCGAGAACUUUUUAUUACUCGAGGAAAAAGAUCAAAUAUCAAAAUGUUAUUCGAAAUCUGACACAUCAGUGGCAAAUAAUGUUAUUAAAUCACUUAUUGUUGAUGACAAUAUUACAAAAAACUCUAAGGAUUUUGAAAAUAAUAAACUUGAUGAUGAUUUUAGUAUAGUUAUUUUGAAUGCUACUGCGAAAUGGGUAGACGAUCAAAAUAGUAACACAUUAGAUAAAAUAAACUUAACUGCAAGAACUGGCCGAUUGCUUGCAAUUGUUGGAUCAGUAGGAGCUGGAAAGAGUUCAUUAAUACAAGCAAUAUUACGGGAGUUGCCUAUAUGCGGUGGUAGAAUUUCUGUGCAUGGCAUUGUGUCUUAUGCGCCUCAGGAACCAUGGAUAUUUUCUGGGACUGUUCAACAAAAUAUUCUAUUUGGAUCACAAAUGGACAAUGAGCGUUUCCAAAAAAUUAUUGAUUUAUGUGCACUGAAAAGCGAUCUUGAACAAUUUCCACUUGGCGCUGAGACGAUAGUGGGAGAAAGAGGAAUAACCUUAAGUGGAGGACAAAGAGCUAGAAUUAAUUUAGCAAGAGCGGUGUACAAACAAGCAGAUAUUUACUUACUGGAUGAUCCACUUUCAGCUGUUGAUGUUAAAGUUGGCAAGCAUUUAUUUGAAAAAUGCAUUUUAGGUUACCUAAAAGAAAAAACACGUAUUCUUAUUACCCACCAAGUCCAAUAUUUAUCUGAUGUUGAUCAAAUUGUUCUAAUGGAUAAUGGUAAAAUAGUAACUGAAGGGUCUUAUAACAAUCUAAAAGCCUCUAGUUUUGAAUUUGCAAAUUUACUUGGAUCUUCAAAAGUUACUGAUAUUGAAAAUGAAAUUGAUACUAAUAAUAAAAAAAACAAUAAAGCUGAUUCGCGCUUGAUAUCAUCUCUGCAUGGAUCCAACAACAGCAUUAUAUCGUCUAAAUAUAAAAAUCAAAUAAAUGAUGUCCAAUCUUCAAAACCUAAUAAAAUAUCAUCCAUUCAGUCAUCCAAAAACAUAUUUAGGUCAUACAUUUUGGCUGGUGGAAGUACACCUAACAUUUUGUUUUGUAUUUUUAUGUACAUUUUUACUCAAGUACUAACUACCAGUGGAGAUUUUUGGCUUAGCAUUUGGGUAAAUCACGAAGUAUACGAGUAUCAUAAAUUACUAAAUACAUCUUACAGCAAUAAUACGUCAGUGUCUCGUGAUUCAAAUAGUGCAUCAUUGUUGUUAUCUAAUUUCCAGCGACAUUAUGUUAUGAUUUAUGUCAUAUUAAUGGUUUCUCUGAUAGUAACAGCUAUCAUCAGGUCUGCUGUAUUUGUCAAUAUUACUACGAAAGCUUCAAUCUAUCUACACAAUCAAAUGUUCAAUUCCAUUAUAAGAACCGCCAUGUUUUUUUUCAAUACCAAUUCUACAGGACAGAUAUUGAACCGUUUUUCUAAAGACAUGGGCGCCGUAGACAAAAUAUUACCAAAUGUUUUUAUGGAUUUUAUUCAAAUUGUUUUUUUUAUUUUGGGAACUGUAUUUAUCGUUGCAUUAACUAAUAUCUAUCUUUUGAUACCGACAUUUAUCAUGGGUAUAAUCAUUUACAAACUCAGAUACUUACAUUUCAAUACAUCUAAAAGUGUCAGCAGGUUAGAAGGAGAAACACGAAGUCCUGUAUUAGCUCAUAUGAAUGCAUCAUUGCAAGGUUUAACAACAAUUAGAGCAUUUAGGGCAGAGGAUACUUUGUCUAGAGAAUUUGAUAAACAUCAAGAUUUACAUACCUCUGCAUCAUAUUUGUGUACGUGUUUUAAUCAAGGAUUCGGAUUCUGGUUGGAUAUAAUUUGUUUAAUUUAUUUAUGUAUUGUAAUAUCCAGCUUUUUAGUAGUAGACAACGAUGUCUAUGGUGGAAGUGUUGGUAUAGCCCUUACACAAGUUAUGGCAUUACUCUGUAGGAUUCAAUGGGCAGUAAAACAAUCCACAGCUUUAGAAAACCUAAUGGUACCAGUUGAGAGAAUAUUACAGUACACACAUUUACAACAAGAAGAUACUCUUCACUCUACUACUGUAAAAAGGCGGCCAAAAGGGUGGCCUUAUGCUGGAAAAAUUGUUUUUAAAGACUUUAAUUUACGUUACAGUUCAGAUUCACCAUGUGUAUUGAAAGAUAUAAAUAUUCAAAUUCAGACAAUGGAAAAAGUGGGUAUUGUUGGUAGGACCGGUGCAGGUAAAUCGUCCUUUAUCGGAGCAUUGUUUAGAUUAGCUUUGAAUGAAGGUAAAAUCAUCAUUGACGGUGUAGAUAUACACGAAUUGGAACUCAAAGACAUCAGAUCCAAGUUGUCCAUUAUUCCUCAAGAACCAGUAUUGUUUUCUGGGACAAUGCGAAAAAAUUUAGAUCCAUUUGACGAAUACCCAGAUCAUGCUCUUUGGAAUGCUCUAGAUGAAGUAGAACUCAAAGACUUUGUAGAAGAUUUGCCAGACGGUCUCAACUCGAAAAUGUCCGCGAGUGGUUCAAAUUUCAGUGUUGGUCAAAGGCAAUUAGUUUGUUUGGCUAGAGCAAUAGUACAAAAAAAUAAGAUCCUGAUAUUAGACGAGGCCACCGCCAAUGUCGAUCCAAUGACUGAUAAGUUGAUUCAAAAUACAAUUAGAAAUAAAUUUAGGUUUUGCACAGUACUAACAAUUGCUCACCGUCUAAAUACUAUUAUGGACUCCGAUAAAGUAUUAGUUAUGGAUUUUGGAAAAAUAAUUGAAUUUGAUCAUCCAUAUAGUUUGUUAAAAAACACCGAUGGAUUUUUCUACAAAAUGGUAGAAGAGACGGGAAAGGAUACUGCUUACUUUUUACAUAGUGUGGCAUCUGAGAGUUUUAACAAAAGUCCGGACUCUAGUUGAUGAAGAAAUGUGAGCAAUUCAAUUAUUGAAAAAGUUGUUUAAGUAAUAUAGUCAUCGUUUCUCAUUAUUGAAUGUAUCGUUAUACAACAAUUACAUUUUUGUGUCAUUCGUUGUAUAUUUGUCAGCUUUCUCUAGUUUAAACAGCUAAUCAAAAUAAACAAAUAAUAAUUAUUAUUAUUUGACGUACAUGGUCCACUAUAAAAAUAUUAUAAAUAGCCUAAUAUUAUACAGUAUAUAUUUAAUGUUUUUUUGCAUAUUUUACUUUUUUUCUUGGUUACUAUCAUGCUAUAAUCUGGUUUUUACAAUUAUUUGUUGUACAAAGUUUAUUUUAAUUGCUAUACUUCGUUUACAUGUAUGAAUUAGUUUAUUUACUCGACUAAAUACGAAUUGUCAUAAAAACAAAUUACGGCUCAUGGUUAAAGAUUUGCUAUAUAGUAAUACAAACGUAAAUAACAUAUUAUAUUGCCAAUCGUCAUACAGAAAUUAUGUAGGAACAAAUAAAACUAGCUAUAGGAAGUAGAAUAUAAUAUCAAUGUUUUAAUUAAAUAAUUAUACUGUCAGUUAUUUACUUGAAAUCGGCGUGCGUGUAUCGACUUAUACUAAUAAUUUAUUGUAACC